AAAGUUUCUAUUUUCAAACGCUCACCUGAGAUCGCUGCUCGGCUCGUCGCCGACGAUAUACCUAUCAUUACAUGUAUAAAAAAAUGCGACUUUUUGCGGGACCUCUUGAGGGACCGUCUCGACCGUAAAUUGCAUAAAAAUUGCGCAAACAUUAUUUUCCUCUGUCCUCGCAACUAUAAUUAAUAUUAACUCACAACUCGGCAUAUUAUAUGAACGACUAAUAUCUUCGAGUGAAAAAAAAAAAGGAAUGAUUUGCAUUUUAAAAAACGUAAAAAAAAAAUGACUGCUAUUAGCGGUGAGGCAUACGAAUAGCCCCCGAUUACCUAUGCAAAUCGCCGAGCUAUACGGGAAAAAUUACGAGUGGAGAAAAACGGCUAUAUACCCUUUUCCCGCAACGAUGCGAGAUUAUAGAGCUAAUGGUCUCUUGAAAAUUUGAUACCGCACUCGAGUAUGCGCGAAUUGCGGUGAGCCUAUACCGACAGGCGUAGGUACGUGCUUUCCGUUUUCCUCCGCGUAUUCGCGAAAUCUGCAGAUAGACAUCGAGGACGUCAUGGAGAUCUUCGAGAGGCGAUACUUUACGCUGAACAAGACGCUGUUGUCGAGCGCUGGGCUGUGGCCCUACCAGAACCGCAGGAAAAAAUUCUGCAUACGCAGCUUCGUCAAUCUCAUCAUCGGAAUUUUCGUCAUAUUUCCCCAAAUCGUCCGGAUAUACAGCUACUUGGGAGUCAACAUGGACCUGAUGGUCGAACACUCGGCAGUGCUGUUGUACAUAAUGACGAUUUACCUCAAGUUUCUCACGUCCGUUUUCUACGAGGAAAAGCUCCGGGUGGUGUACGACAACAUAGCGAAGAACUGGCAGUUGAUCAAGGACGUGAACGAGGUGAACAUACUCGUCCAGUACUCGGAAAACGGGCGGUUCCUCACCAUCGGCUACAUAAUGUACAUAAUCGCCGCCUGUCUGGCGUACAUCCUCUUGCCGAUGGCCCCCAUCCUGCUCGACGUCUUCGUCCCCUUGAACCAGAGCCGACCCCGCUUCUACAUACUGGGCGGCGAGUACUUCAUCAUCGACAAAGUCGAGGACUACGGCAAGGUCUACAUGUUCGACGUCCUCGCCGUCAUCGUCUCGGUCUGGCUCAUCUGCGCCGUCGACUCGAUGUACGCCGCCUCGAUCGAGCACUGCCUCGGACUCUUUGCCAUCGUCAAGCUGCGUUUGAGGAUGUGCACCCAGCCGAGCUGUGAGGGACCUCGAGGCAGGGACGCCUCCUACAAGCUCAUCGUUCGCCUCAUUCGCAUGCACAAGGAUAUCAUCAACUUCACCGACAUCCUCGAGUCGUCCUACUCCUCGUCCUUUUUGAUUUUGGUCGGGAUAAACGUGAUCUUCCUCAGCUUCGAGUGCAUCAUCGUGCUCACGCGGUUCGGCCAGGCGAUGGAGAUGAUGCGCUACUCCAUGAUCAUGUUCGGCAUAGUGGUGCACCUCUUCUACAUAAGCUGGCCGGGCCAGAAACUGAUCGACUUGAGUCUUGGACUCUUUCAGGACACCUACCUCAACGAGUGGUACGCCUGUCCGACGAGGGCUCAAAAACUGCUGGGUUUGAUGACCCUGCGAUGCUCCAAGCCCUGUCACCUGACCGCCGGAGGAAUGUACGUUAUGAACUUGAGCAACUUUGCCAAGAUCGUUAAAACGUCGCUGUCGUACAUGACGGUCCUCGCAUCCUUUAGAUAAGACUCUACCAUAUAUCCGUUGUUUUUUAACAAUAAGCAAAAUAGAAUGACAUAUUUUCGUAA